AUGCACCUGCCAUCUCCGGAGAUGCUCAUUAAAGAGGAGCGAUGCCAAGGCCCGAACAUCUCAGUUCCCCCUCGCAGACACACGGCGAAACACAAAAACGUCACAUUCCUCUCGGUGUUCGCCGCCCAGCUGCCGUUGAGCGUAAACGUGGAGUUCGACGACUGCGUGGGGAACGAAGCGGUGGUUUUCCAGAGCAGCGACCCAGCCUUCGGCGCGCGGACGGACGGGUCCAUCUUUGCCCGGCGAGAGGGGGCCAGCCUGGACGAGCCGGUCCAGUUUAAACUGACAGCGAGCGGUCGACACGCGCAUGUCUGGGAGACCGUGGUCCAACUGGCCCUAAUCGACCCGCCGUCACUCCAGCGAAAUGGAAACGAGAAAGUGUCCCAGUACACCAUCAUCGUGCAGGCCACGGACAUGGAGGGCAACCUGAACUUUGGCCUUUCCAACACGGCCACUGCCAUCAUCACCGUCACGGACAUCAACGACAACCCUCCCAUGCUGACCUCCAGAACCUUUUCCGGCGAGGUCCCGGAGAACCGAGUGGAUCUGGUGGUGGCGAAUCUCACGGUGAUAGACGCCGACCAACCGCACUCGCCCAACUGGAACGCCAUCUACAGGAUCAUCAGCGGGGACCCGGCGGGGCACUUCACCAUCCGCACCGACCCGGUCACCAACGACGGCAUGGUCACCGUGGUGAAGCCAGUAGACUUUGAGAUGAACCGUGCCUUCAUGCUGACGGUGGUGGUGUCCAACCAGGCCCACCUGGCCAGCGGCAUCCAGUCCUCGCUCCAGUCCACGGCCGGGGUCACCAUAUCCGUCAAGGACGUCAACGAAGCCCCCUACUUCCCCACCAACCCCAAACACAUCCGCUUCGAGGAGGGCGUCCCGGCGGGCACCAGCCUGACCACCUUCUCUGCUUCCGAUCCCGACCGACUACAGAUGCAGCAAACAAUCAGGUAUUCAAAGAUGAACGACCCCGCCCAGUGGCUGUCAAUCAACAGAACCAACGGACAGAUCGUAACCACGGCGAUGCUGGACCGGGAGUCUAGCUACGUGAAAAACAACAUAUAUGAGGCCACGUUCCUGGCGACGGACAACGGCUCCCCCGAAGCCAGCGGGACCGGCACGCUGCAGAUCUACCUGAUCGACAUCAACGACAACCCGCCGGCGCUCAUCCCCAAGGAGUCUCAGAUCUGCGAGCGGGUGAACAGGAACGUCCACGGCGUCAACAUCACGGCCGCCGACGCCGACACGGACCCCAACGCCGGCCCUUUCGUCUUCGAGCUGCCCAACUUUCCCAACAGCAUCCGGCGCAACUGGACGAUUUCUCGGAUCAGCGGCGAUUACGCUCGCCUCGGGCUGCGGUACCAGAUCUAUCUGGAGCCGGGCGUCUACGAGGUCCCCGUCAUCGUGUCGGACUCGGGGAACCCCCCGUUGUCCAACAGGUCGGUCAUCAAGAUCAAGGUGUGCCCCUGCGACGAACACGGAGACUGCACCACCCUCGGGGCCGUGGCGGCCGCCGGCCUGGGGCCCGGAGCCAUCAUCUCCAUCCUCAUCUGCAUCAUCAUCCUCCUCACCAUGGUGCUGCUGUUCGUGGUGUGGAUCAAGCGCAGAGAGAAGGAGAGACACACCAAGCAGCUGCUCAUUGACCCGGAAGACGACGUCAGAGACAACAUCCUCAAAUACGAUGAAGAGGGAGGAGGAGAGGAAGACCAGGACUACGACCUGAGCCAGCUGCAGCAGCCGGACUCCUUGGAGCACAUCAUCAGCAAGCCGCCUGGCGUCCGCAGGGUGGACGAACGCCCCAUCAUCCCAGAGUCCCAGUACCCCAUCAGGCCCGUCGUGCCCCACCCUGGAGACAUCGGGGACUUCAUCCACGAGGGUCUGCGGGCGGCGGACAACGACCCCACGGCCCCGCCGUACGACUCCCUGCUGGUGUUCGACUACGAGGGCAGCGGCUCCACCGCCGGCUCCGUCAGCUCCCUCAACUCGUCCAGCACGGGGGACCAGGACUAUGACUACCUCAACGACUGGGGCCCCCGCUUCAAGAAGCUGGCCGACAUGUACGGAGGAGGGGAUGAUUAGAUCUGACCAGACACACACACACACACACACGCACACGCAGAAA